AUGGCCAACGAGCUCUUUCCUCCAUCUGUUCAUUCUGCGCUCCCCGCAAAAAGCUGCAUUGCGGCCCUUGCAUCGACUGCUCUAGCAUCGGGCCCUGAUGCGGACCUGCAGUGGUCGCUGCGUUGGCCAUCGAUCAAGGUGCUGUCGCUCCCGAUGAGCUUAAACUACAAGUUCGCGGCCAUGGUCUCGUUCCCGUGGCCCACGCCUUGGCCGCACCGUUGA